GCAGAUAGUUGGGGUAGAAAACAUGGAUUAUAACGCCUACAAUCACAAUGCUGUUGCACCAUAGAAAAAAAUGUUCUCAAACCCUGCUCCUACGAUGAAAUUGCCAUCGCCAUUAUUCCUGAAUACGACGUCGUGUCGCCUCCUGCGCCAAUCUCCUUCUUUUCCUUUUCCCCGGCGGCGGGUUAAACUGGCGUCUCUUCGAUCAGUUCUCCCGGUGAAUUCCAGCGCCUCUGCAUCACUCUUCGAUCUCAGAGGGGGAAAAGGCAGAAUGAGUGGGUUCUUUGAUGUCGAACUGAAAGUGCGCGAUUACGAGUUGGAUCAGUAUGGUGUGGUCAACAAUGCAGUUUAUGCAAGUUAUUGUCAGCACGGUCGUCAUGAACUCUUGGAAAGCAUUGGUAUUAACUGUGAUGCUGUGGCUCGGAGUGGUGAUGCAUUGGCUGUGACAGAAUUAUCGUUCAAAUUCCUUGCACCUCUUAGAAGUGGAGACAAAUUUGUUGUAAGGGUUAAGAUUUCUGGAUCUUCAGCUGCUCGAUUAUACUUUGAUCACUUCAUCUUUAAGCUUCCAAGCCAAGAGCCUAUUUUGGAAGCCAAGGCCACAGCAGUGUGGCUUGACAAAAACUACCGUCCCGUACGAAUUCCAGCAGAGAUGAAGUCAAAAUUUGUAAGGUUUAUUCGAAUUGAGGACUCUUAAUUCAGUUGCCAGAUGACUAUAGCAUUUUGGUUAAUAAUGAAACAUUGUGAAAGGUAAUUAUUUAUAUACUUUCCUUCAUUUUGGCUUGUGGGUGGGGAAUACAUCUAUGUAAUGAAUGCCGUCAAUUAUGCCCAAAAAAGAAUCCUAGUCUUGAACUAUUAGAAUAUUAAAUUCAUGGUGCUCAAAAAGAACGAAUGUACUCUUUUAAUUUUUCUUGUUUUUCUGAUUCUUUGGGCCCUCAUUUAAGUGAGAAAGGAGGAAGGAAUUACAUGCUUGAA